AUGGCGGCUCGCCGAGUCCUGUCGCUUCUUCUCUCCAAACAACCUCGUACCUCCUCCUCCUCUCUUAAAGAAUCCUUCUCCCAAGUUAUCCCUGCAGCAAAUUCGUUCUUCCAAAGAGAUGGACUGCGCGAAAGGGGACUUCGGACAAUUGUAGAAGACCACAAUCGAUCUGUUGAAGACAGUUUAGCUAAAGAGAGCUGCAACUUGAACUCAGAUUCCAGCUCCAGUGAUGCCAUUUCAAGUCCUGUAUCCAAUGAAGACUCCAUAAGACACAGGGUGACGUCGAGCCUGAAAAUCUCCGAAACACAUGAUCUUGCAAUGAUUUUCACAUGCAAAGUUUGUGAUACCAGAUCGGUAAAGACAUGUUCUCGUGCCUCUUAUGAAAAAGGUGUUGUGUUGGCGAGAUGUGGUGGCUGUAAUAAUGUACACCUGAUUGCUGAUCGGCUGGGCUGGUUUGGAGAACCUGGGAGCAUAGAGGAAUUCCUAGCUGCUCGAGGCGAGGAAGUGAAAAAAGGGUCUGCUGAUACCUUAAAUCUGACACUUGAAGAUAUGGCUGGAAAGGAGAAACUUGAUGUCUGA